ACCUGCCUUGCGGGACAUGCGCUUGCUCGCCUACUCUCUCUUUCUCCGACCAGCGCAACUCCACGCUGAUCGCCACCUCAUCCAUCACGAAUCUUCACAUCAAUCCGUCCACUCAUCGGCGAACACUAACUCGACGUCACCAGCCAAGGCGGUAGCAGGUAGAGGCGCGGAGUGGCUGUACCGCCCCACCACUCUACCACUGCCAAGUCACUCCGUCCCACCUAAGCCGAACAGACUUCGCGACCCUGUGUAAACCUAAUCAGCUUCCUUUCUCAACCUAAACCGAGCCGUUGCAACCGUAGCAGACUGUGUCUUAGACACCGCCAUCCAUCAUGUCGAGCUACGCGGCGUCAAGAUAUACCGACGAUGAGCCCCGCCGCUAUCACAGCGUCCGCACACGACCGCGUGAGCGCGACGAGCCGGAGUACGUGAGGGAGGAGACGUACAUUGAGCGCGGCAAGGGACCCGGUCCACGCGACCUCGUCUUUCGUGGACGGGAAGAUGACAGCGUUGAGGACAUCCCGCGUGAUUUCCCACCACCAGGACGGGACUAUCGCCGGUCCCGAGACUCCGACUACGAUGCUCCGCCGCGUCGUCGCGCCCAGAGCGCACGUGGUAGUCGGUAUGGCGAUUACGACGACUACUAUGACAAUGACAGAUCUACCGCGUAUGGUGCCGCUGGUGGAGCCGCUGCCGGAUAUGCUGCAGGGCGUCGGAGAGACCGCGACAGGCGCCGGCCCAAUGACCGCGACUACGAGUCCGACUACUCCGACUCGCCGCCGCGCCGCGAGCGCAAAAAGUCUGGUAUUGGCGAAGCUCUGGAAGGCCUAGGUCUCGGCGGUCUAGCCGGCGCGUUUCUCGGCAAGAAGGAUCGCGACGAUUCGCCUGAUCGUCGCUCGACCAGAUCACGCUCACGCGCACGUAGCCGCCGGUAUGACUCUGACGACAAUGACCGCAGCCGCUCUCGGCCGAGUGAUCGCAAGCAGACUGAGCGAAAGUGGGCGCAAGCUGCACAAGCUGCGCUUAUUGCUGGUGCUGUGGAAGCGUUCCGUGCGCGCAAGGAGCCCGGACCGUGGACAGGCGACAAAGGAAAACGCAUUGCUACUGCUGCAUUCAGCGCUGGUGGUAUCGACGGGCUGCUAGAUCGCAACCCGGACGAGAAGAGCAAGCGCCACUUGGCGGAAGCCGUGUUAGGCGGUCUUGCUAUCAAUCAUGUUGCCAACGGACCCGUUUCCAAAUCCCGUGGGCGUGACCGUGCUUACUCUCCGGACGCCGCGCCUCGUUCUCGAAGCCGCAGUAUUAUCGAUCGCUUACGUGGUCGCUCGGCGUCUCGUGGUCCUACGGAAGCCGGCGAUGGAGGCGGCGGGGGCGCAAUAAAGGGCUUGCUGGCGGGUGGCGCGGUCGCAGCCGCUGGCAAGGCAAUCUAUGACCGCGUGCGCUCGAAAUCUCGCAGACGCCGCUCACCUUCUUCUUCGAGCGCAGACUCGUAUGUCCCCUCCCGCAACCGUCGCCGAGAUAUGCGUCGCUCACCGCCUUCAGAUAUGGACGAUCGGAGCUCUCGUCGCAGCGGAGCUACCGGACGCGGCGGACGUCGCGAUCGCGAUCGCGAUAUGAGUAGCCAAGCUAACGGAAACGGCAAUGGAAACGGGAACGGUGGCGGGGGUGCACGAGAUGGUGAGCAGCGUGACGAGCAGCGUGCCGAUGCGAAGCGCGAGGAAAGUGAAAGUAGUAGUACUACCGACAUGGAGAACAAGCGCAAGCAUAUGCGAGGGAAGGAGCUGUUGACGGCGGGACUGGCUACUAUCGCUACCAUUCACGCCGCCCACGGUGUCUAUUCCAGUAUGGAAGCACACGAGAAGCGGCAUCGACUUGUGGCAGAGGGUGAAAUGACUCCUGAGGAAGCGCGGAAGAAGCAAACGAAAGCCUGGGUUCAAGACGCUGCGGCUGUCGGUAUUGCAGCGCUGGGUAUCAAGGGUGCUUUCUCCGAGUGGAAAGAAAUGAACGAACAGAGGCGCGAGAUCCACGAAAUUGAGAAGCGCAAGCGCGAACGAACGAAGAAGCGCGAGGCGAAGCAGAAGCAAGAGGAGCAGGAGCGGCAAGACCGCAUGAUGCAAAUGUGGGGCCAGAAUCCCAUGAUGGCCUACGGGAUGUCUAACGGGCAGAUGCCGCAAAUGCCCAUGUACCCGCCUGCGCUUCAGAUGCCUCAGCCGCAGAUGUCUCAGCCGCAACAAGGCGGCGGUGGUGGCGGCGGGGGAGGUGGCGGGCAGAGGCCUCAACCGGAUCAGAGCGGCAAUCCGUAUGCGCCGAGACAGGAAGGUCGCUAGG